CCGAAGCGACAUUGCAUCGUGGGCAGCAACAAUGAUUUUGUGGAAACCCUCUGGGUGCGAAACAAGGCCAAGCCCACGUUUCCCACGGUGCUGGUACGGCAGGCAUUGAUGACGCGGGGAUGCGUACUGGACCUACGUACGUCGGAUGGCAUAUCAAAAUGACGAUCCGAGGAACGCGUUGAGGCAACCUGCCCCUACAGGGACAACGAAUGGGGAUAGGCGCGCUGUCAUGUGAUAUCGACUGGAUGUUGGCCAGCUGCAAAUUACGAGCCUGUCUUGGUGCCUAAUGAGAGUCCGGAGGGUGGGCGGCUUAGCUAAGAGCGAUCGUCUUGUUUGCCAUUUGCCAGGAUGUGCGAGACGACGUCAUCACUCUGCCAAGCCAACUUGAAUGGUGAGGCCGGGCAGCGACAUCCAUGAUGGGCUGCAAGAUGCAGGAAUACCAACGUCCACCUCGCUGUUUCGAGUGAAGGGCAGACUUGUGGUAUCUCAUCCCGGAACCACACACCUACAUGGUGGAAGAAUCUCCAACAUAUCACACCCUGCCCCAAGCCGAGCCGUGCAGUCACGUUCCUCGCCAUCACAACCAAGUGAUCCCAAAAAUAAUCUUGCGCAUGCCACCAAGCACACCCCGGCCGGCAACAUGGACAUCCUGCUCUCCCUCCCGAUAGCCUCCUACUUCCUGGCACCGGGCGUGACCUCGUGGUCCACGUCGCUCAACCUCCUCUUCUUCUACAUGACCUGGACCACCCUCGUCCUGUCGCACAGCCCGCUCCGCAUCGAGCUGGUCGGCACCCUCGCCGUCCGCCUGGGUUUGUACCUGGCCCCGGCCCUGCUCUCCCUCGCCUUCGACUCCUUGCUCCCCAGCCUGGCGGGGGGCGUCAAGGUGGGCGGGGCCGCGUCCCUGCCGCCUCGCGACCCGGCCGUCCUCGCGCGCGCCCUCGGCCUCGCCGUCGCGAACCUGGCCCUCGAGGCCGCCGCGCAGGCCGCCGUCGGCCUGGCCCACUCCGCCCUCCGCCCCGCCGCCGGGCCCGUGUUCCCCACCACGUCGACCCUGCCGCUGCCCUGGGGCAUCGUCAAGCACGUGGCGCUGCUGCUGGCCAUGCGCGAGUGCCUCACCUACACCAUCCACCGCCACAUCCUGCACUCCUCCUCCUCCUCCUUCUCCCCUUCCCGGAGAGGCAGCAGCGGCGGCGGCAACAACCGGCUCAGGAGGUGGCACGCCGGCUGGGGCGCGCACGCCCGCAGCCGCGCCCGCGCCGCGCCCUACGCGCUGCUGCUGGCCGCCGACCACCCGGCCAGCUUCCUGCUGCACCGCUUCGCGCCGCUGUACGCGCCCGCGCUGCUGCUGCGCCCGCACCUGCUGACCUUCCUGCUCUUCGCCGCCCUCGUCACCGCCGAGGAGACGCUGGCCAUGUCGGGAUAUAGCGUCGUACCGGGCAUCGUCAUGGGCGGCAUUGCCAGGCGGACCUCUGCGCACUUUUGCGGCGCUGGCGCCGGCAACUACGGCGCUUGGGGCCUGCUGGACUGGGCCUGCGGCACGAACCUGGGCCGCGACGUCGUGGACGACGUCAAGGACGAGGCCGAAAAGCACCGUGUCAAGGAGCGUGGGGAGAGCGCUGCCAAUAGUGGCAUGAGUUUCAUUCAGCAGGGGAUCGAGGGGGUUAGGAGGUCCAAGAGGACGAGGAAAACGAGAACUGUGAGUUGAAUGCCCACUGUCCGUUAUUUUCCUUGUCAGGAUAUGUAUCUCACCGCUUUGGAAGGAUGCUUGGAGUUGGUUGAGGCGUAUUUGGUGAUUCCGGCGACUUUGCUAGUUUCCUCGCAUUUCCUAAGCUAUUUUUCAUCAAUGCAAUGUUCAAAAACUUAGAGUAGGGUCGUAUAUUCUUAGUCUUGGUAUGUGUGUUGGAAAAUCUAGGAGACAUUGUCUAUCA